GACAUGGGGCCGUCUUGUGCGAGAGGAAAACACAAAGCACAUGCUCGCCAAGUUCCGACCCCUCAUGGCAACGGCGGCGAAGGCGAGGGCGCCGCCGGUGGUAGCGGCUUCCACAUCCGCGGCGGCGGCGGCGGCGGAGCGGGACGAACACGUGCACUACAAGCACACCGACGCGUGCCACCACCUCCGGUGGACAGCCAAGGAGAGCUACGAGUACAUGUACGCGCGGCCAUGGAGCAGGGUGGUCGACUUCUAUGCCGAGCUCGUGCGCACCGGCGCCGGCGCGGCGGGGCUAGCCAAGCUGUUUGGGAAAGAUGAGAAAGAUUACAGCCUUGAUACUACUGGAGAGAAUUACCUAGCACCAUCAGAAAAACAAACGGCAACAAUUUCCUCCAAAGAUCGUGGAGGAAGGUGGGAAAGAGUAACAUUUAAAAUUGUUCUUUCAUACCACGGGGGGUCGUUCGAUGGCUGGCAAAAGCAGCCUGGCCUCAAUACUGUUCAGGGGUUAGUGGAGAAACAUCUUGGACAAUUUGUUGAUGAGCGAAAAGCCAAACAGCUUGAAGCAAGAUCUUUGCCAAUUGAAGGCGGUGCCAUUGUUGCUGGGCGCACUGACAAAGGGGUGACUGCUCUUCAGCAAGUUUGCUCAUUUUAUACAUGGAGAAAGGAUGUGAAAUCUGAAGAUAUAAAAGAUGCUAUAAAGGAGGCUGCUCCAGAUAAACUUAAACCUUUGCAUGUGUCAGAGGUUGCACGUGAGUUUCAUCCUAAUUUUGCAGCCAAAUGGAGGAGAUACAUGUACAUUUUUCCUCUUGAUGAGGAUGCUAAAUCGAUCAUUGGGGAAGGACACUCUGAAGUGUUAAAGAAUUCUGAGCACAUCAUAAAACCUCAGAGCUUUGAUGUGGCAAAGGUUGACGAAAUUCUUAGAAAACUUGCUGGAAAGACAUUAUCCUACAAGAUGUUUGCACGUGACACGCAAGCUUCACGCAGUGUUGGCCCACCUACAGAAUGUUUCAUGUUCCAUUCUCGAGCUGCAGCGGCCAAACUAUAUUGCGCUAAUGAGGAUUACAAAGAAGGCUUGAGUGUCAUGUGCGUUGAGCUAGUUGCAAACAGGUUUCUACGCAAGAUGGUUAGGGUUCUUGUUGCUACUGCCAUACGAGAGGCUGCUGCUGGUGCCGGAGAGGAUGCUCUGUUGAAUCUGAUGGAAGCCACUGACAGGCGUGCCACAGCUCCUCCGGCACCACCGGAGGGCCUCUGCCUCGUCGAUGUUGGUUACAAAGAUUUCAGUAAACAGAGGUGCUUCAUAGUUGAUUAAAAGAAGUCAUAUCUUUUUGUUGGAGAAAAACACAAGAUGCACGAUUGAACAAUUGACGUCAGGCUGUGGAGCGGCUCGUUUAGCUUCAUUGGUCAUUUUCAUUUGCGUACAGGCUUCAGCCCGGGCUUACACUAGUUCUGGGUCCGCCGAUUCAUCGCAGCGUCAUUUUAAAGUCUUCUCCUUUAUUUGUCUGCCAUGAUCUCCACCUAGAUGAUAAUAA